AUGUUGGUCCUCGCUAUAAGUGACGCUCAUAUUCCAAGUCGGGCAAUAGACAUACCUUCAAAAUUUAAAAAACUGCUAAGUAUACCAGAUAAGAUAUCUCAUGUGGCACUAUUAGGUAAUAGUACACAAUCACCGGAGUUCCUAAAUUUCCUCCAAACUGUCUCUCCAAAUAUUUCAAUAGUUCGUGGGGAAUUUGAUAAAUCCUCAAUUAUUAUUGAUACUCAUGAAUCAAAUGGGGGGUCAGGUAACUAUGAGGAGAAAAAUAUACCUCUUGUAGCUGUGAUAAAAGAAGGUGACUUUAGAAUAGGGUGUUGUAAUGGCUAUACUGUUGUGCCAAAGAGUGAUCCAUUAUCGUUAUUGGCCCUUGCACGUCAAUUAGAUGUUGAUAUAAUGUUAUGGGGCGGUACACAUAAUGUUGAAGCAUAUACUUUAGAAGAGAAAUUUUUUGUCAAUCCAGGAAGUUGUACAGGUGCAUUCAGUGCAGAUUGGCCUAUAUUAAACGAUUCAAUUUCAAACAAUAUUACUGACAUAGAAACUAAUAAAAAAGAUAGUGCGACAGAGAGUGAUGAUAUUACCCAAUCAGAAGACGGCAGUGAACAACUAGAAAACAAUAAACCUGAUACAAAGGAUGAAGAACAAGAACAAGAAGAUAAGAAUGCAACCUUGGAAGAAGAAUCUCUCAAUGAAGAAGAUAUAAGCAUAUCGGAGGUUGAAAUAUCGGGGUCGAAUGUUCCAAGUUUCUGUCUUUUAGAUAUACAAGGGUCUACUUGUACAUUGUACAUAUAUAUGUUCAUAGACGGUGAGGUGAAAGUCGACAAAGUCGUAUACAAGAAACCCACUGAUGAAUGA